UUUUUAUAUAUCCUAAAAAAAUUGUCAGUUUCUCAUGGAUAAGAACUAAUCGAAUCCCGCUACACAGUCAGCUCACGUUAUCUCCCUGUUUGUCUGGUGAGAGUGCUUGCCCUCCAAUUCAUGGCUAAUUGCUCAGAGGCCCACGUUUGCCAGUGCUUGAGUCGCCUGUCGAAGCUCCGGCGAAACUCAACGGCGAUAAUAAUGGGAGACCGGCAGAAAACGGGCAUGCAGUUUGUGGAUGGAGUUUUGAGCCUGGCCCGUGGGCUCCUUCAACUCGGCCUCAAGCCCGGUGACGUCGUCUCUAUCUCUGCUCUCAACAGUGAUUUGUAUCUGGAGUGGCUGCUUGCUAUUGCUUAUGUAGGUGGAAUUGCUGCUCCUCUCAACUAUCGUUGGAGCUUAGAAGAGGCAAAAUUGGCAAUGGAGGUUGUGCAGCCAGUCUUACUUGUCACUGACUUGAGCCCUGGUUGCUGGCAUUCUGCAUUCCACAUUGACUUAGUACCAUCUCUGCAAUGGCAUAUCCCAAUGGAUACACCUGUUAAACCCAACUACACUGGGGCUGAUUUAACUACUGAGUUACUUAAGAAGCCUACUGGAAGUUCGGUAAAUAACGACUAUAAGUGGGCACCUGAGAGAGCUGCAAUUAUAUGCUUUACCUCAGGUACCACGGGAAGGCCAAGGGGAGCUACCAUAAGCCAUUUGGCUUUAGUUGUACAGUCCCUAGCAAAAAUUGCAACUGUUCACUAUGAUGAGCGUGAUGUCUAUUUGCACACUGUUCCAUUGUAUCACAUUGGUGGAAUAUCAUCAGCCAUGGCCAUGUUAAUGGCUGGAGGUUGUCAAGUUAUAAUACCCAAGUUUGAAGCUAAAUUAGCAAUUGAAUCCAUUCAGAAACAUCAUGUGACUUCCUUUAUCACUGUUCCCACAAUAAUGGCUGAUUUAAUCUCCUUUGAUAGGAUGAAGGAAACAUCUGAACAGCUAGAGACUGUGAUGAAGAUUCUGAAUGGAAGUGGUUCUUUGUCAACGAAUCUCAUUGAAGAUGCUACCAAAAUCUUCCCAAAAGCCAAACUUCUUUCAGCUUAUGGGAUGACAGAGGCAUGUUCUUCUCUAACCUUCAUGACCCUUUACAAUCCAACAAAAGAUAACCAUUACCACCAAUUAUUUGAUGCCAAAAAAUCCAACUUAAGCUGUCCUGGGGGUGUCUGUGUCGGUAAGCCUGCACCACAUAUUGAAGUAAGAGUAAGAGUUGAGGAUUCCUUGAAUGUUGGGAGAAUAUUGACAAGAGGUCCCCAUGUAAUGCUCCGAUACUGGGAUGAAAUUCCAUCUAAGAGUUCCGAUCCAGGUUGGCUUGAUACAGGAGACAUGGGACAGACAGAUGAUUGUGGCAACCUCUGGCUUAUUGGGCGUGCUAAGGAUCGAAUCAAGAGUGGAGGGGAGAAUAUAUACCCUGAUGAGGUAGAGGCAAUCCUUGCCCAACAUCCAGGGAUCUCGGGCAUUGUUGUUGUUGGAGUUCCAGAUCCUCGGUUGACAGAGAUGGUAGUUGCCUGUAUUAAACUAAAAGACAGUUGGCAAUGGUCUGAUUUAAGUUUUGAUCACUCUGAAAAAGACACAGUUAACUCUUUAUCCAGUGAGAUCCUUAGGGACUUUUGCAGGGAGAAGAAUUUGACAGGGUUUAAAAUUCCCAAAAAGAUUUUAUUAUGGAGGAAUACAUUUCCAACGACGACGACUGGGAAACUGAGAAGAGACCUAGUUAGAGAAGAAAUUAUAUCUCAGACGAUUUUCUCCAGCAAACUAUGAUUCCAUCAAAUAUUUACAUAAUUGGCUGCAUCAAAAUGCUGCUGUUGGCUUCCCACACGUCUGGCGAUUAGGGCUUCUCUCUAUCAGCUCUCUCUUCCAUUCCUCCUUGUAUGACCUACUUGCCGGAGGUUGGGUAAUCACAAUCCUCCAAGACGGUGCAAUGAAAGCAGCAGUCGGGAGUAGCUUCUCGAUUGGCCACACAGGUCUGAACUUCUUUGAAAUUUCACACAUUGCUCCACUCAGUACCAAACCUUUCCAUGCAGUCCUUUGCUUUAGGCAUACAAGUACUGCAAGUGCAGCGCCUAGAGAUUCACCAUAAAGGAACGGUGGAAGAUUUGGAUGAUCAGCUCGAGCAGAGUUGAAAUAACUAAUGCAAUCACAAAUCAACGGCUGAAUAUCAGGGAUGUGAUCAGGUGAGCCUUCAGAGAAGCCAUGACCUUGUAAGUCAAGAGCACAAACAAAGAAUCCAGAUUUAGCCAUUGCAACUGCAUUUAGUUCAAAGAGCCAGCUACUUUCUGAUGUAUAGCCAUGAAUCAUGCCUAUAAGCCCUUUAAAUUUAUAAGUUGAAUCUGCAGGCUGCCAAGAUUGGGUGAAGAUUUUCACAUUCUGCUCAUUCGUCAUAUAGCUCUCUCGAUGGAGUAUUCUGUGUUUUUUGUAAACCUCGUAGCGGCUGAGGUUUCCGUAAGGGCUAUUCUCAUUAGCUUCAUAAAUUGGGUGAGCCAUUUUUCUCAUCAAGCUUGAACUAUGCAGAAACUCUUCAGCCUGGCUUCUUUGUGUCCAUUUACAAGGUUAUAUGAUCAUAAAUCAUCCUAUGAAUAUUGUCCUUGAUGAUCAGCUGGCGACUUAUGUUCCCAACCGUCGUCCUGCUGUAUAAUAAAUGGAAUUGGAGAUGCCUCAAAUUCCUAUCAUUUUAAGUUGUGGAUAAUUUCAUUUAACAAAAGUGUCUUUUUUCUAAUAAUGAGGAAAAGAGUUGUUUCAACGA